AAGAGAUCUCACCUCAGUGUUUGGCCGUCGUCCGCCGAUAGCCUUAGUGUGUGCCUUCUACAAUGUGCUGCCUUUAGUCGUUCCGCGGCGGUUUACAGUGUUGUGGACUGUUCUGUGCCUUAGGACUGUACUUGUGGACCUGGAGGCUGAGUCACCCAUGGCUGUGUCCACGCUGAACAUGGCUCCGUACUUCACUGGUUAUCCAUUUCAAGGUCAGGGGCGCGUCAACCAGCUAGGCGGAGUGUUCAUCAAUGGGAGGCCGUUACCGAACCACAUCCGGUUGAAGAUCGUAGAGAUGGCUGCAGCAGGAGUGCGUCCGUGCGUCAUCAGCAGACAACUGCGCGUCAGCCACGGCUGCGUCAGCAAGAUCCUGAACCGCUACCAGGAGACCGGCAGCAUCCGACCUGGGGUGAUCGGCGGCAGCAAGCCCCGCGUCGCCACCCCGGAUGUUGAGCGUAGGAUAGAGGAAUACAAGAAGAGCAAUCCUGGCAUCUUCAGCUGGGAGAUCCGGGACAGACUAGUUAAGGACGGAAUCUGCGACAAGAACAGCGCCCCCUCCGUCAGCUCAAUCAGCAGGCUGCUGAGAGGAAACAGGCGAGACGACUGCGAUCCAAGGAAGAACCACUCCAUUGACGGCAUUCUUGGUCCUAGCAGUGGGGACGAGAGUGACACGGAGUCGGAGCCCGGGAUUCCGCUGAAGAGGAAGCAGAGGCGGAGUCGCACGACUUUCACCGGAGACCAGCUGGAGGAGCUGGAGAGGGCGUUCCAGCGGACUCAGUAUCCAGACGUAUACACGAGGGAGGAGCUAGCGCAGAAGACGAAGCUAACAGAAGCCAGAGUUCAGGUGUGGUUCAGUAACAGACGCGCGAGGCUACGGAAGCAACUCAACAGUCAGCAGCUGAACGCGUUCAACUCGAUGACACUCCAGAGCGCGUUUCCAGCACACCACCAAUACCCUGUGCCUGACCCAACAGCCAACUUCAAUGCCCAAGGCCACGCAGCUAGCUGGGCGCAGCAGGCGGCUGUAGCCGGGUAUGCGGCUUCUGGGACCCUCGGCAGCUACAACAGCGGCUACCCCAGUGGUGGAGGCUCGGCCGGGGACCUCGGCACCCAGUACUACCAGGGCACUAGUCAGCAGUGUGCUCAGAGUGGGGCCUCACCCUGGGCCAGACACCCGCAGGCAGCUGCCACCAAAGCCGUGGACGUCCCUACCCACUGGCCUGACAACUACAGCUUGUUCUCUGCCGGCGCCAGUCAGGUGUAUGGAGCCUCCAACCUGACCCCUUCUCACUCGCCUUCUGAGGCUAAGUCCGGUUACCCGUACUUCGGCCAGCUGAGCAGCAUGGAGGCGGGGUUGUGCGGGCGCGUCCACUGAGACCUAAGACCCCUGACUAUUCUCCUCUCCGAGUAGAGUCAGGGAUAUUGAUAUGAUUAGAUCACCAUCUUAAAAAUAAUGAAAACACGCUUCAAAAAUAUUUAAAAAUGUAGAUGAAUUGAGGAGUAUUUAACACAAAGUGUUGGUUUUAACAUAACAACAAUUAAGAAAUUAAAAUUAAAUUUAAUUCAUUACUCUUAUAUCCAAUAGAAAACGUGCAGAAUUUAAAUUCAUAUUUUUCAUCAUAUUUUGUGGUUAGCAAUUAUUACGAAAAUGUACAUGCUAUUAAAUAAUAAGUUCUACGAUAACUAUAAAAAAUUUAAAUUUUUGUCUAUUACACAAUAUGGAAACAAAUUAUUUUUGUGUAAGAUAAGUAUUAAACUAUAAUACCUGUACGGAAACUAUCCACAAUGUAGGUUUUACUGCUAUGUAUUAUUAUGCUGUUCAAAUAGCAUUUAGAAUGCCUAAAUUUAAAACUUUGAUACAACGGUUUUUAAAAUGCCUUACUAUUCUGAAUUGUGUCUUAUUGUGUGAUACAGAAACCAUUAUGUAAUAUAGCGUUAUACAUAAAUCACGUGAUCGUAAAGAGUGUGUAUAUAUGUUGUACGAUACUUAUUGCGUAAUUUCAAUUGUGUUUAAUCAUAAUUUGAUAUGUUUUCAGUGCUGUUCUAUACUUGUUUUGUGUAAUCUUCUAACUUAAUAAAGUAGGACCAGUGAAAACGUUGUGCCUCCCAAUAAUAUUAGUCAGACUUAUAGUUUAAUAAAUGUUAUUAUUUCCGUUUCCGCAUGAUUACUUGGUGUACCGUAUGAGGUGCCUGGUAACUCUGCUAUCUGUAAUAGUGUGAUGUGUUUAUGAUUAACUUUGUAAAUAGUGUAGAAAAAGAUAAUUUAUUUUUUAUUAGUUGAUCCCUAAUAUGUAUACUAAUGUAAGGAGUGACUCGGAUAUAUUUUUGUAAACAUGUUUACCUAUCGCAUGUUAUUUAUAGUGAAAUAAAGUUUAUUGAAUAAAAUAA